GGAAGGCUAACAAGGACGACAUGUUGAUAGUUUAAACGAAGACUUUCAUGCCAUUUUGAUAUCUUUACUAAAAUAUGUAAAUCUUCUUGAUUAUUUGUCUUCUACGCGACUGAAAUACAAGGAUAGUAAGGUUAAGGAACAAUGUACAACAAUAUCGGUCUUCAAACAGCUCGAGGGUCGGGAACAAAUGGUUACGUUACACGAAAUUUGUCAUUCGUGGCAAACGCGAAGGAACGAGUGAGCUAUAAGCCUGAUGUAGAUAUGGCAGCGUUUGAGCAGACGAUGACAAAAAAGCCGAACAAAGAGAUUCUAGAGCACGAACGAAAGCGGUUGAUUGAAGUAGAAUGCACAAAAUUACAAGAUACUUUGGAAGAACAAGGUUUUUCACAGAUUGAGAUUGAUAAUGAAGUAGCAAAACUUCGUGACAAAUUAAUGGAUGAAGGAGGCUUUAAUGAAGAGAAGGAGACUAACAAAAGAAUUUUAACGGAAACCCAUCAGAUUGCCCAGGCUAAUGAGGAAAAAAAUGCCAAAUUUAAGGCAGCAUUUGGAAUCAAAGAUGAUUAUAAAGGUGGCUCUGCAUUCAAUCAAGAAUUACAAGAAAUGGAAAGAAUGAAAAAAAAAGAGGCGAAAGAAAAAGAAUCUCGCAAACAAGAGUCAAGAUAUAUUCUACUGAGCAACUCAGCUCAACAAGUUGAGGUGAUUAUUGGAGCAAUAGUUAUAAGGCAACAGUGUAAUAAUCUAGUCCUUUGUUUCUUGGCAUUAUUUAUUAUAACUAAAGUAAGUAGAUCAAAAAAAUCAAAGAAACGCAAGGCAGAGAGAAGCAUAUCCAAGUCAGAUGACUCAAGUGCAUCUGAAAGCGAUCGUGGCAAGAGGAAAAGGAAAAGAGCAAAAGAGAAACGCAGUAAAAGAGAUCGUUCUAGCAGUCAUGAUCGAGGACGCUCGUCUUCAGCUUCACCUGAUGGAAAGACAAGAAGUAAAAAGGAAAACUACUCGGAUGAGAAAGACAAUGAAAAUGGCAAAGGUUCUGAGAAAGACGAGAAAGAAAAGAAAGCUGACAAGGAAGAAAGGAGAAAGAAGAAACAUGAAAAGAAGAAAGAUGAAAAACAAUCUAAUAUGCCCACAAUGGCGGCCAAGAUUGAUGUAGGUCAAGCAAAGAAACUGAAACCAGAGGAUCAAAUCCACCUGGCCAUGAUAGCUGAUUAUCAACGCAAGCGUCGUCUUUCCCAGAAACCCAAGACACGAAGUAGCUCGUCUUCUUCGUCCACUGAUGAUGAAAAAGUUCAGAAAGGAGAUUUGGAUGAUGAAAAACAGCAUCGUUCUCAUCCAGGGUCUCCACCAAUGACCCGUUCACCUCAACGUAUAGAACGUUCUCCUCGACAUAAGGAGCGUUCGCCACAACGCAGGGAGCGUUCACCUCAACGUAUAGAACGUUCUCCUCAACACAAGGAGCGUUCACCACAACGCAGGGAGCGUUCACUUCAACGUAAGGAGCGUUCACCACAACGUAGAGAGCGUUCUCCACAACGUAGAGAGCGUUCUCCACAACGUAGAGAGCGUUCGCCACAACGCAGGGAGCGUUCACCACAACGCAGGGAGCGUUCACCGCAAAAUCGUGGACAAAGCUCGUCUUCUGAAUCUGAUCAAAAAUCAAAAACUCGUCGCAAAUCGGAUGCCAACGACAAUCGACAAUCUCCUUCAUCUAAAUCACCAAGUCCGGAAAUGAAAGUGUCGAAGACUUUAUUACACUUUAUUUCGCCCCAGUCCCUGAAAACACAAUCAAUGACUCCUCCAGCUGGAAAACACCGAUCUAAACGUUCUAGUACGCGGUCACCCAGUCUCACACGUAGAGUUAAUAAGCCUAUCCCACGAAGACACAGAAAUACACCUCCUAAACAAGAACCGAAAGGGAGUUCUCGUGAAAACCGCAAGAGACGUAGUCUAUCUGACUCUAUUAGCCCUACCCGGAAAGGACAGUCGUCCAGAUCUAGAGGCCCAGAUCCUAGGAACACAAGAGAUGUAAAAGAUAGUGGCGCCAGUUCAAGUAGAUCUCCCAGCCCAUCAAGAUCUAAAGCUCGAUCCGGCAGGACAGCAAACAAAAGACGCGAAAGUUCAUCACGUUCAGGUAGUCGUUCAAUUGACAGACGCCAAAGUCCACAGCGGUCACCAAGUUCCCGACGUUCUGCAAGUCCAAUCAGACAGCGGAAGCUCAGCUUACAAAGAAGUUCAGCUCGAAGGCGUCAUGAUUCUUCCCAUAGUCGAUCUGUUAGUCCUCAGGUAAGGCGCAGUCGCUCAAGCCCACAGCAGAGUCCAUCUCGAAGGAAACAAUUUAGUCCCCGCGGUCGUCGUUCUAAAGAUGACAGAGGCAGAAAAGACAGUAAAGAGAGAAGAAGACGUCCACGUAGUGUGUCCAGAUCGCAAAGUCCCCCUCCUGGAAGAUCUAGGGAACGUCGUCCCGUUAGUCCCAGACGCUCCAGGCCCACGUCAACUGGGCGUGUCCAACGAAGAAAUGUGUCACGUUCAAAGAGCUGCACACCACCACAUUCCAAACGCUCGGUUAGUCCUGAAACAACAACACGUGAGGAGAGAAAGCAGAGACCAUCUCCAUCAAGGUCUCCUCAACCUGAUGACACCAGAUACAGUCCUUCUCAAGCUGUUUCUAGUCCUCCACCGCCAAAAUCGGAAGAACCUGUUGUCGAGGAAGAAGAGGAGGAUAAUGGACAGCCGAAGGGGAAAUGGAAGCCUCUUGCUUCAUUUGUUCCAAGUCCUGCAAAACAAGGCAGCAACUUGAAGUCGAGGGCUUCUCGUAGCGUGUCUCAGUCACCAAAAAGACGCUCGCAAACACUUUCCCCUCCACCCAAAAAGAAAGGGCCGCGUACUCCAUCAGAUUCACCUGCCUCUCGAAAACGUAAAAGGCAGAGUCCCAUUUCCCACAAAGGAGAAACCCUUUCGUCACGUGAUCAAUCUGUAAGUCCUGCUAGGAGACGUCGUAAAGAACGCCGUACCCCAUCACCUAGUUUAAGAAAUAAGUCUGGUUCUAAACAUAGAAAACCUCAGAGUCCUUCAACAAGCCCGCCAUCACAACGGGAAGUGCCUGGCAGCCCAUCUCAGUCACCCCCUCCUCGACAACGGACGUCUAGUCCUUCUCCAAGUCGCCAAAGAAAACGGUCACCAACCAAGUCUCCCUCACCCCGAAGGAAACCUCGAAGUGGUUCACCCACACAAAAGCGAAGAUCAAGUACCCCGCCUUCACGAAAUUCACCGAGAAAACAGCGAUCUACAUCUUCCAAUACUGGUCGAAAAGUCGAUCGCUCGUCGUCCUCAAGUUCUUCAAGUUCGAUCAAGUUGGCCCAAAGUCGUUCGCCAAGUCCCCUAAGAAACCUCAGAGGUCGCGUGCUAAGCAACCAAGCCCUAGUCAAACACGUUCUUUAAGUUCUAAACGCACUUCCAAGAACCUUGCAUCACCUAAACGUUCCCUUGAAAUUCCCAGUAGUAAAUCGCAGAAAAAGAUAAAGUCGAAAGCAGAAAAGAUAAAGACGCCUGUCCAGGAGAAAAUGAAAUCAAGAACAAA